AUGGCAGACAGCGAUCUCGCGGCCUGGUUUCAACGAAUUCCUCAUAUCACGAAGUAUUGGUUCACCGGAUCUGUGGUCCUUCCCCUCGCUGCUCGGUUCGGUCUCGUUAAUCCUUAUUAUCUGAUCCUAGUGUAUGAGUUGAUUAAAAAGUUCCAGUUAUGGCGGCCGGUUACGGCUCUUUUCUACUACCCAAUUACCCCGCAGACAGGCUUCCAGUACCUGAUAAUGAUCUAUUUCUUAUACAGUUAUUCGCUAAGACUAGAGACAGGCAUUUUCGACGGAAGGCCAGCAGACUACUUGUGCAUGCUGCUGUUCAAUUGGGCGGCGAUUGUAUUGAUCGCAUUGUUUGUGAAUUUGCACGUACUCUUGGAGCCGAUGGUACUUAGUGUUCUGUACGUAUGGUGCCAAGCGAACAAAGACGUAGUCGUUCAGUUCUGGUUUGGCACUCAGUUUAAAGCCAUGUAUCUUCCCUGGGUGCUGGCAGUUUUCAACAUGAUUCUCCAUGGAGGCAUCGCGAAUGAGCUUACUGGAAUAGUGGUUGGCCAUCUUUACUUCUUCCUAGCAUUCAAAUAUCCCCAAGAGUUUGGCGGACCAUCAUUGUUGCAUACUCCACAAUUUUUGUAA